AUGGGUGGCGGCAUGGAGGUGAACAAGAACCGCUGGAUCGAGGAGUGGAACGCCGGCCGGGAGAACCUCGAGCUCAACUUCCGCUUUACCCGCCGCAGCCUCGCCGUCAUCGGCCUCUUCGGCCUCGCCGUCCCCAUCCUCGUCUACAAGGGCAUCGUUCGCGAAUUCCAUAUGCAGGACGAGGACGCCGGCCGGCCGUACAGGAAGUUCCUGUGA